CACCAUUAGUACUUUCUUGCUUGAAGUGUUGACAUUCGUGCGUUCGUGGGAAACACUUGUCAAGCAUUGUUUCGCGUGAAAAAUAUAUAUGUUUGUAUGGAUUUUUUUUUUAAUAAGAAUGUCAGUGACAAUUUGAAAUAUACAUGCAAUAUUUUUAGAAAUAAAUUGAAAAAAUCGAAUUUUACAAGGAAGGAAAAUAUUUAUAAUAUAGAUUCGGCGCGCAACUGGGGAUCUUUAAGGAAAGACAAAAAAAUGAGUACUAUGGUAACCGCGGAGGAGGAUACGAAGGAAACGCACGGAAGUGAAGACGAUGAUUUGAAGAUAUUUGAAACCCUUUGCAUCUCAUCGCAAAAGAUUGAAACUGAAGAGGCAAUGACACAUGAAGUCACAACAGCUUUAAGGAGCGAGUUGGCAGCACUGGAAUAUAAACGUGAUAGAUUAAUGUCUGAACUUCAAGAAAUGAAAAACUCUGUACGAUCACGUGACCAAAGAGUCGUGGAACUUCAGGUUGAAGCGGAUCAGCUUCGAGAACAGGCAGCUCGACAAAAUUCUGUUAUUUUAAGUCUUAAAAAACGAAUACAGGAACUGGAGGAUAGGGAGAGAAAUUUAUAUGCGUGUCAAGGCAGAAAUGAAAUCACAAUUCAGGGUUUACAACGGGAUGUAAAAUAUCAUGAGGAAAAGGUACGAGAGUAUGAGAAGAAAAUUCGUCAAGUGGAACACAACAUUACCGAGGAGAUUCAGUUGAAGGAACGGGCGCGCCUAAAUUUGCAGGAUUUUGUUAGAAGAUUAGCACACGCCUUGAAUACCGAAUUCUGUGAUAGUACUCACCAUAGUCCAGAAAUGGUUAUUCAUAAAGCAGAAGAACUCGUUCAGGAAGUUAAUCGUCUCCGAACUAAAAGCUCCACUGUCGAAACUCAUUUGGGAAGUGUAGAAGUUGAUUUUAGAACCUGCAAGGAUUCGUUAGAUCGAAUUACGUCCGAGAAAGAUCAACUCCAACGUCAAGUUGCAACUCAGCUAAUCGAUUUGGAUCGUUUUCGUCAGGAAAAAGAAUGUCUGGAAAUGCAGUACAGAGUGGCCGAACGUGAACUAAACGAUGUCAGAGACAAGCUAGUGAAUGCGAAUCGCAGCAUAACUAGCGCAAGCGGAAAUAUAUCCAGCCAGGAAACUUUAAUCUGCCAAUUACGAGAGGAUCUAAAAAUCAAGGAAGAAAAAAUACAGAGGGUUCAUAAUGAAUUACGUCAUCUAUUAGAGUCGAUGGCUAUUCUUCUCAGUACACCAAAUCGUUUCGUUGAAUCACAUGAGAAUGCCAUCAAGGAUCGAUUAAGGGAAAUUCUCGCCGAUAACAAAGAUCAAGCUGUGAAAAUCCAAAAUCUAAAAGAAAAAGUUAAUGUCACCACAGAGUCAGUAAAUCGUCAAGCAGAAAUGGUCGAGACCACAAUGAUAAAGAUUAGAAAUUUAGAGGAAGAGCGAGCUGCAUUAGAAGCGAAAUAUCAUAAACUUGAAUCAGAAUUAUCAUCCUGUGAAAUUUCGAGAGAAACGUUACGUAGAGAUAAACAGCACUUUUUAGCAUUUUUGGACAGACUAGGAAAAUCAAUGCAAAUGGACGAGAUUUCUCAAGAAAUUGGCAUGGAUCUUCAGACAGAGUCGUUACUUGUACGCGCCGAACAAUUGUCAAGAUUGGAAACUGAUAAAUUAGUUGAUAAGCUAUUAUGUUGCAGCUAUACGACGUUUCCCAGGAUUCGACGUGAACGAUUAUACCACGAACUGCCUUGCUUAAAAGAAACUUCGGUUGUUUAUCAACUACAACGAAGGGUUCGAACUCUUCGAGAACAAUUGCAGCGACGAGAUCUUCAUUUGGAUCUUCUUCGUAGAAAGCUUAGUCUUCAGGAAGAUAGUGUCCGAGUGAAAUCAAUGUUGCAGAGUGAAAGGGACGAGGCAAAUCUUAGAGCAAAGAAGCUAUCGAAGCAAAUUGACCGUUUACAGAUGCAAGCCAAUGAUGAGAAGGCAAGAAAUAGGGAAUUGAGUGCCCAAUUAACGGAGGCUGCGGAUUACAAAAUAGCUGCAUUGGAGCGCAGUAGGAAAAUAGAAGAACUUCAAAAGAGACUAGUUGAAAGUGAAAUGCUUAGGACCCGAUACAACAGAAAAGUGACAAUGAUGAAGGAUCAGUUGAGAACAACCAGUGAAACAACAGAACAGGAGAGAUCAAUUAACGAUCAUUCGAUGCAACUUGUCAGAGAUGAAUUAACUCAAGUUAAACAAACACUUCUCGAGGUUAGACAACAAUUGACCGAAACAACUCGUAGAGAAUCACAGUUGCAGAGUUUCCGAGCAUCCGUCGCAAAAUUAUUAACCGAACCAAUAUGUUCACCGGACUAUGAAAUAAUUUCCCGCCUACAGAAAAUAAUUGCAGCACACAGAGACUUUACAAUGCUGUCACGAAGAUAUGACGAACCGUUAGAAACCAGUCCUUCUAGAUGUACCAGUAUUCAUCCGGUCCAUCCGCCGAGAUCGCCUGGAUCAAGAUGCACUCGCUAUGAAGAUAGUGGUUACGCUGAUCCCCCGGAUCUACACGACAUUGAUGAUGAUUUCAACAAAAGACCAAUCAGAAGUAGCCUCCUUCCGUGACAUCGGCCGAAAUUUAAAUUCUAAAUUAAUUUAAAAGAAUCCCACAGUUUUUAAAAUUCUACAAUUAGAAAACUGUUUAGGAUUUAAGAAAAAAAUGUUUACAAUGUAAAUGUAAAAUCCUCUGUUUGUGGAAACGUAAACAAGUGAAUUUUACAAUGAAAACUCGAAGAGGGGAAAAACAGAAAGCUAAAUAAGUGUUCAAUGUUAAUUAUCAUGUAAAUAAAUAUCCAUUACAAUAUAAAAGUUGUUUUUUACCUCCUAAAAUAAUUGUAGAAAAUUUCAAUGUCCAAAGCAGGAUGAAAACUCCCGGUAAAGGUGCUUCUAUACCUCCGGUAGAUUGGUCAAGCAAUCGGCUUGAUGA